AUUCUUACACGUGGAGAGUCUAGAAUAUGAAUCUCAAAUAUCUACUAGUCCUACUCUGAGUCUUCCUUGCCCUGAUUGACAUCCCUCAUGUGGAUGCCAAGAAGAAGAAAGGAAAGACCAGUAAAAAGAAAGUCAAUAAGGCAAAAGACAACCAUUAUUCUGAAAAGAAAUUUGAUGAAGACAUCAUUAAGGAAAAGGUAUAUGAUGAAGGAGAGUCAACUAUCCAAGAAUUAGACAAUAUUGCAGUCCUCCAUUCCUAUAUCAAGCAAGAUCAAUUUGUUUUGCUAUAUGUACAUCAUGAAGACAGUGAUGAAUCUGAAGAAGUGCUUGAAGAGUUCAGAAAGACAGAGCAAAAAUUAAGAGGGUACGCUCAUUUCCUUCUCAUCGAUUGUGCAAAAGAGCAAUUUCAAAAUGAAGUGACUCCAAUGUGUCAAAAUGAGGCAGAUUCUGGAAUUUUUCCAUUAAUUUCUGGAUUUGUCCCACCAUCAACAAGAUUUAAUCCGUAUACAAAAGAGGUCCAGCAAAAUCAAGAAACUCCUUUUGGUGAGAGAAAGAAGACUGAGAAGGGAAUAUCAAAGUUUGUGACCUCCAAUAUUCCGAACUUUGUGAGUUCGAUCACUAAGAGCAAGGAAUAUUAUACAAAAUUAAGAUCAAAGAAGGCGAUCAACAAGGUUGUCCUUUUUAGUGAAAAGAAUACACCUCCAGUGUUAUUCAAAGCUUUAGCAACUAAAUUCAAAGAUAAAAUUGAUUUCUUCUUUGCUGAUUCAACCAAGCUUAGAAAGAAGACAAAGGAACUUAAAAUCACAGAUUUCCCAACAAUUAUGGUCUACUCAGAUGUGAGUGAGGAUGGAGAAAAGCUUGCUGAAUCCAAAGUUAUUACUUAUGAAGGGAAGAACAACAUUGAAGAGCUCAUUAAAUUCCUUAGCCCAUAUGCACUAGCAGAGCCUUUCGAUCCAAAGUCUUCUGAGAAGCCUCAGUACCAGAGGAGAGGGAAAUAUACGUUUGUUAAUCAUAAGAACUAUACAAGAGGUUUUAUAGAAGAUUACAGGGCUCAAGUUGUCUUCUUUGAGAAAGAUUUCAAAAAUAUCCAACAGAAAUUUGAAACUAUUGCUAGUGUUCUUCAUGGUCCAACCAAUGUUGUCUUUUUCAAUUGUGAAACGCCCCAGUCUCAGGAGAUCGCUGAAGAGAAAUUUGGAGUAACCAAAUUUCCAAAGCUCCUUGUCUUCUCAACUGGAGCAGAGAAGAAUAAAGAAACAGCUCUUGAUAUCUCAGUAAACACUGAGGAAGAUGAGAUUGUCAAUAUUAUAGAAGGAACUGAGAUCAAGGAUAACCUCCGCGAGGCCAGUGAGUCAGUUCUCUCAAGUCUGAUUGUUAACAAUGCUUUACAACUGAACAAGAUCACUCUUGUCUAUCUCUAUGAAGGUGAAGAGGAUGAAGUACCUCUUUCGUUCAGAUCUAUCUCUACAAAUCCUAUCUUUGCAGAGAACUUCGAGUUUAUAGCUUUUAAAGAUCCAGGAGCUAUGACUCUCCAACAAUUCCAGGUGCCUAGACUUCCAGUCAUUAUUGGAGGACUUCCUCCUCCAGAAGGACAAGAAGGAUCAGAUGCAGAAGGUCAAGGUUCUCUGAGAACAAUGAUCUAUCAAGGAGAUAUCAAUGACUAUUUUGAGCUCCUUGAGUACAAUCUAGGAGUUCUUAAGACCUUCUUCCCUGAUUCAAAAAGUCAGAGAAAGACUACAGAAAGAACUGCAGAGGCGAGCACUAACUUCCAAGAAGUGACUUAUGAUAAUUUUGAUGAUAUAUGUGAAUCUAUGAAAGGCCUUUGAGUGAUCGGCUUCCUCAACGGGAAAGUAGGUACUCUCGAAGAGAAGGCUAUCCAUCAUGAUUACUUAAAAAUUCUUGAAGAUAGGAACCUUGAAAGUAGCUCUCAAUUUAAAUACAUGUGGAUUAAUGCAUCUUGCCAUCAGUAUUUACUCCCUGAGUUUGAGUUAUCAGACAUGUUCCUCCCAACAGUGGUGAUAUACUCCCCUAGCCAAGGAAAGUAUUCUAGAAUGGUGACUACCUUCACAAAACCUAACCUUGGGGAGUUCGAAAAGAGCUUUGAAGGAACAGGAGUAGGAAGAAUCAUUGUCUAUGAUACUCCUGGCAACAUUGGGGAGAAGCUCAAAGAUCUCCACUGUCCAUCAGUCAUAGCAGAGACACAAAAUCUUGAUGAAGAAGAUAUGCUUGACAAAGAAUUAGAAGAUGAGAUCAUGAAAGAGAUUCUAGAAGAAGAAAGAAGAAAGGCUAAGGAGCUGGAAGAAGAACUUGAAGGCUCAGCUUCAGACGGAAAGAAAAAGAAAAAAUCUAAGAAAGGCAAGAAGGGAAAGAAAGGCAAGAAGAAAAAGAAUUAA